GCUCCAGCCCCGGGUUUUUGGUUUUUGAGUGGGUCUCACUAUAUAGCCUAAAGGUGUGGCUGCCAGCUUUAAAGACCUGCUAUGGACCAAAGUACCUCCCCUCUGUCCCCAGGCUUUGGCACACUUGCCCUUCCAGAUGUGAGGGGCAGGGAUUCUUAUCCUGCUGUUCCCUGAGGCCCCAGUUGCCCAGUGUAUACACUGAACACUGAUGUUAGCCUCAGGAUUGAACAGUCACACUGUUCCUGAACAAGAAUGGGGUUCCAUCCCAUGCCGCCAGCAGACUCCAUGGCAGGCUAUCCACAACAGCCUGAGGCAGAGACUGAUGCAUGGGGAUGGGCAGAGGCACAGGGAAGUGGGAUGUUCUGAACUACAGUGUAGCAAACUACACAGCCAGCUUCGUGAUAGGCUGUACAACCCACUUAUGCCAUGUUUUCGCUGUGGUUUUGUUUGGGUUUAAGGGGCUGGGGGCCAAUACUACCCUCUCAGCUGCCCCUAGCCCUUAGGUUGUACUUUGAAAAGGGGCAGCGGUAGAGCAUGUGAAUUAUAAUCCAGAAUCAGUGUGAUACAGAUUGCCCCUGUCCUAUUUUCCAAGUCGUCCAGGAGGGAUUCCCAGGGUAGUUGCCAUGAUCUUCCUUCCCCCUAUCAGAAGAGUUUAUAGCUCUGGCUUUUUCUGUGUUUCUUUCCCUCCCUCCCUCCCCCUACCCCCCUCUUCCUCUCAGCUGAGCGCCUGCUCCCCAGUGGAGGCUCUGAGGCAAGAGAAAGUUAAGUGCUGUUUGAUUCUGCCUGAGGCCCUCUGAUUGCUAUUCCUGCCACGUACAGUUAUCAGGCUCCAUGCGAGGAAGCUCUUGACUACACCCUCACACACAGGAUCUGGUGGCCCCCGGGGACGCUGCCUGACAAGAGAUAGGAGUGGGUGGUCAGGGGGACUCAGCCUACUCCAGAUGGCGUGCUGGCUCUAGGUUUGUUUCUCCACCUGGAAAGCCGGGCUCACAGUGAACAAGAGGAUGGCCACUCAUUCUGUGAGCAACCAGUGCCAUCUUCGACAUGUCUAGGCACCAUGGACAGAUGAGUGGUUUGAGUAUCGCUCCACACACAAAGCCUCAGUUUCCCCAGCCUCAACAGCUCAGUCGGUAGGGCGCUUACCUAGCAUGCACGAAGCCUAGGAUGUCCCUAAAUACUGGGAGGCUGAGGCAGGAGGAUCAGGAGUCCAGGGUCAUCCUUUGCUGCAAGUGACUUGGAGGCCAGCCUGGGCUACAUGAGACCCUUAGCAGUAACACUCUUCUGUCAAUGCCUCCUGCACCGCUUACCAGUUGAGGAGACUAAGGCACACACACCGUUGGCCAUGGCUUUUGGGUCACUCUGGCUGACUACUGGCAGCCCUUUCUCUCCUUGGGGUUCAGCCUCCCAGCUCCAUCUCCAGUCUGAGCCCACCUCCCUCCCUCCGCUCGCGGACCCACAGCUGCCGACGUUUCCCACCCCUCCCCCCUCGCCCGGCACAAAGCGACUGACGGACGCAACGGUGACGGACGACGCCUCCCGCCCUGCGCCACCUCCAGCUGCGACCCUGCGCGAUGCUCGGGCCUCUCGCCCAAUCCCUGCCCGGCCCUGGUCCCAAGGGCAACUCAGUCCUUGCGCCGGUGACCUCGUCCUCCGGGACCCUCCAGGGUCUGAGUCCUGCUGUCUCCAUCCCGGAGCCACAAAAGGUCUGAGGUCUGCAGAGCAAGCUGCAGAGCUAGGCAUGAAGGCCCUUGUUUGACACCAGCAUAUUUUGGGGGCACCAAUGGCCAAGUGGCUCCGAGACUAUCUGAACUUGGGCAGCCGGAGGCCUCCUCCGCAACCGCCCACCCCCGACUACACCGAGAGUGACAUCCUGCGGGCCUACCGCGAACAGAAGGAUCUGGACUUCGAGGACCCCUAUGAGGAUUCCAAUGGCCGCCCCGAGCCAGAGAUCACUGGGUCCGGCGACCCCAAGCACAACUCUCCCAGGCACCGGCUGAUCAAGGUGGAGGCUGCGGACAUGGCCAGAGCCAAGGCCCUGCUAGGCAGCCCAGGGGAAGAGCAGCCGGAAGUGGACACUGAGUACUCCGACCCUCUCGAUGCCCAGCCUCAGCCACCAGCCCCCAACAGUGGGUACAUGGAGCCCUACGGCGCCCGGAGCACCUUCAGUGAACAGCCAAGCAGAGCUGUCCAGCUUUACGAUACUCCAUAUGAGGAGCAGGAUACAAAACCAGAAGAUGGAGGGUCUUCAGGCCAGAGCCGGAGACCCCUGGAGGAUGAGAGGCCAGCAGAUGAAUAUGACCAGCCUUGGGAAUGGAAGAAAGAUCACAUCUCCAGGGCUUUCGCAGUGCAAUUUGAUGGUCCUGACUGGGAACGGACUCCAUGCUCCACCAAGGAGCCCUGGAGACCACAGACUGCGGAGCGUGUGGAUACAGCCCUUGCCCUGGAGAAGCAGCCGUGGUUUCACGGCCCCCUGAGCAGAGCAGAGGCCGAGAACCUUCUGUCCCUCUGCAAGGAAGGCAGCUACCUCGUGCGGCUCAGCGAGACCAGGGCUCAAGACUGCAUUCUGUCCCUCAGAAGCAACCAGGGUUCCAUGCACCUGAAAUUCUCGAGGACCCGGGAGAACCAGGUGGUACUAGGACAGCACAGUGGGCCCUUCCCCAGCGUGCCUGAGCUGGUCCUGCAUUACAGUGCCCGCCCACUGCCCGUGCAAGGGGCAGAGCACCUGGCCCUGCUCUAUCCUGUCACCAGCAACCAGAGCUCUCAAGGACCCUGCACAUUGGCUACUAAGCCAGAGAGGGGACAAGGGGACCCAUGACACACAGACUUCCUCCAACCCACCUUUAGUGCCCUCUGCUGGGAUACUCCAGAUCACCUGUGAGCAUGCUUGGCAGGUGAAGAAAAAGGCGGUGCCAGGCCUACUGGGUUCAACCCUGGGGAUCCACAUUGUGGCAGCCAAGGGCUCCAAGUUGUUCUCUGAUUUACAAAUAAGUCACACAUCAUAAAUUAAUAAAUGAAUAUAAUAAAAACUAAUCUUAAAACCUGU